AUGGCCGCUGCCAGUAGCGGCAAUGGCAGCCCGACGGCAAAUCGCUUCGGGCCGCUCGACACAGGGCAGGAGGAUUUUCCUCUCUUAUCGGCAAAAGGAAAGAGGAAGAGAAUGACAAAAACGCUGGAACUGGAUAGAGUGUUCUAUGAGAGUAACAACAAGAGAUUUCUCGUCGCUGAAAGUGAGAAUGAGGGUGACUUCCUUGGCAUUUCAUACUUUAAAGUCAAGCGAUCAUUGGACAAGGCUGCUGGAAAAAUUCCAUUUUUCCAACCACUUGCAAACGGAAAACUACUGAUUCAAGCCAGCAAUGAGGACCAGGCCAAGAAACUGAUGGCUGUCAAGGAAAUCGAUGGAAAGACAGUGAAAUUCUCGAUGCAUCAAACGCUAAAUCAGAGCAAAGGAAUCAUUGCAUGCUUUGCAUUCACUAAGCUGUCAGAUGAGGAGCUGAAAACUGAAUUGGCAGCAUUCAAUGUCACGGAGGUGAAGAGAAUCAAGAGGAAAGUUACAGAAGAUGGAACAUCGCUGCUGAAGGACACAGGAUCGUUUAUCUUGACCUUCAAUCAACCCACACUGCCAAAGGAGCUGAAUGCCUACUACCAUGCGCUCAGGGUGAGGCCAUACAUCCCAAACCCAAUGAGAUGUCAGAAAUGCCAGAAAUACGGCCACCACGAGAAGAAAUGCAGAGCAAAGGAAGCCAUCUGUGGCAUUUGCUCACUACCAAAGCACGAUGGACAAUGCAAUGGACCAGCGAAAUGCGCGAAUUGCGGAGAAGAACACGUUUCAUGGAAUCGAAAGUGUAGAAUCUUUCGAGAAGAAUUCGAUAUCCAACGAAUCCGUGUGACAGAGAAAAUCUCGUAUGUGGCAGCAAAGAAGGUGCAUAAGGAGAGGAAGAGGACGGACACCUCAUACGCAGAAGCCCUGAGAGGACGUAGAGCAGAGCAAGCACCAACAAUGACCAACAGACAGCAGCCCAACGCUUAUCAGCGUCGCACCUUACCAUCAGGAGAACGCAUGGAGAGCGAAUCGGCAGGGAACCUCAACAGCGGUGAAAGGGGACUUGUGUUCCGUUUCCAAGCAAACAAGGAGAACGUUGAUAUCGCGAAAGCUGAGAGAAACAGCCCCUUCUCCAGAACCACGGAAGAGCAACACCCGACAACCGAGAGCAUCACCACACACACAGCCACCCCUCAUCAGUCAACCCCCGGAGCACACGCACCGGCCGUCGACUUUGGCGUUCCAUCCGGGAACGCCGGUACUGAUUCCGGAGACCUUGGCUCUACAGGCAAACUCAUUACGCAAUCAAGCAGCAUCCUAUACAACCCAGACGAAAUGGAACUUAAUUAA